AUGGCGGCGCCCGGGGAGCCGGGGCGCUCGUACCGCGGGAGCCUCUUCUCCUUCCUGCCGGGCGGCGCGCGCCCCGAGGUGAUGGACGACCUGGCGACGGACGCGCGGGGCCGGGGCGCGGGGCGGAGGGACGCCGCGGGCACUGCCGCCGCAGGCCAGCCGCCGGCCCCGGCCCCGCAGCGCGCCGAGGACGCCGCGCAGAGGCGGCCCUGCCGGGCCUGCGUGGACUUCAAGGCGUGGAUGCGAACGCAGCAGAAGCGGGACACGAAGCUUAGAGAGGAUUGUCCACAGGACCGCGAGGAGCUGGGCCGCCACAGCUGGGCGCUGCUGCACACCCUGGCCGCCUACUACCCGGACCUGCCCACCCCGGAGCAGCAGCAGGACAUGGCCCAGUUCAUCCAUUUGUUCUCCAAGUUUUAUCCGUGUGAGGAGUGUGCGGAAGACAUCAGAAAGAGGAUCCACAGGAACCAGCCGGACACCCGCACCCGCGCGUGCCUCAGCCAGUGGCUGUGCCGCCUGCACAACGAGGUGAACCGCAAGCUGGGCAAGCCCGAGUUUGACUGCUCACAAGUGGACGAGCGCUGGCGCGACGGCUGGAGGGACGGCUCCUGCGACUAGAGGGGCGGCCGCGGCAGAGGGGCGGGCCGCUCAUUAAAGUGCGUCAGAGCCACAGCUGUCGCGUCUUCGUUGGGUGGUCCCAGGACACUGCCCUUCCGAAAGGAAGCUGCCCCCUGCGGGCACUCCAGCGGCCGGCCUCCUCUUCAGCGGGGGGCCUGGGCAGGGGUGUGCAGGGGAGGGAGGCAGGAAGGAGCGUCUCGUCGUCCAGGAUGGCAGCCCGCGAGAGGCCGGGGCUCCCUCUUCCUGCCCCGUGAGGCCCGGCUGUGCCUCUCCCUGAGCAGUGCCGUGGCCCCAGUGGCUCUGUGCCGUUGCCACUUGGGGAGUGAGGCCUGGGCCUGAGUACUCCGUUGGGCCCAGCCCCAUGGGGAAGUCUGGGGCGGAGUUUUUCCUGAGGUCGCCCAGCGUGCUGCCACGCCCCGCCUGGCACGGGCCCUCUGAAGGUGUGCCAGGACGGUGCCGGGCUCAGAGACCAGAAUAAAGUGCUGGACAAGAGA